ACCCUGUCGCUCGGCUCGCGUCCUUGACAAUAGCAGCGCACGCGCAUUAAGCCCGACUCCAAUCGAGUAGAUGCUUCAAACAGGAACAGAUUUUGUUUAGAUUUGCUAGAGACAGAGCAAAGUUGUUCUGCUUGAGCCCGUUAAAACUAAGCGCUUUGAAGAGGAAAGGGACGAUGGCUGUCCAGUUCACCGACGUUAAUGGGACUGCAAUUACCUUGGAUUGCCAAACACAUACAGAUUUCUGUAGAGAAUUUACUGUUAGCACGCCGAAGUUAUCUCUCCGCAGUACCCUAAUGUACACCUGCACUGUUUGGCUGUUUGCUUACGCCGUAUUCUUCUUCACUGAUAACACUCUUGUCCUCUCCAGUGCUAUAAUUGUUACGCUGGUGGGCAUGAUGGUCCACAUCCACUUUGUGAAGGUAGACCAUGAAUCGCUGCUGAUUAUAAGGUCGCUGGGAAUUCAGCUGUCCUCGUCCUUCGCCUCGGGGAGAGAGUGCACGUCUUUCAUCGAAAUGAGCCAGAUAAAGGACAUUGUCAUCAACGAAGCUGUGCACAUGCACAGGGUUGUGUACUACCUCUGCAUUCUUUUGAAGGACCCCUCUGAUCCGGAGAAGAUAGCCAGUGUAGUGCCCCUUUUUCAGAGUUCCAUGCCGAGGUUGAAUUGCUUGACACAAGUGUACAAAGCCUGCCAAGAGAUACUCUUACUGAACUGAUGGCAAGAUCCCUUAUUCCAGUCCUAUCCAGGUGCCUUAAAGCUGAUACGAGUGAUGACGAAACGUUUAUACUGGAUAAUUGCCAUGGUGUAUAUGUGUUAUUUAUUUAUUAAUAAAGUCAGAGUGGCUGUCAAAUUCAUGCAUUAGCUGUUUUUAGUGAUGUGUUUGAAAUAAACAAGUUGAAACUUC